GCAGGGAGCUCAGCGCUGAGCAAAAUGCUGCCAACCACUUCAGUUAAUUCUCGGAGCCAGGGCAAUGGUGUGCUGAGCCCCAGAGAUGCUGCAAGGCAUACAGCUGGUGCAAAACGCUACAAGUACCUGCGGAGGCUCUUCCACUUCCGACAGAUGGACUUUGAGUUUGCUCUUUGGCAGAUGCUUUACCUGUUUACUUCACCACAGAGGGUUUAUAGGAAUUUUCACUACAGAAAACAGACAAAAGACCAAUGGGCAAGAGAUGAUCCUGCUUUCUUAGUGCUUCUCAGUAUCUGGCUCUGUGUGUCUACUGUGGGAUUUGGAUUUGUGCUGGACAUGGGGUUCUUUGAAACAAUAAAGCUGCUGCUUUGGGUUGUGUUCAUAGACUGUGUAGGUGUUGGCCUCCUGAUUGCAACUCUGAUGUGGUUCAUUUCUAAUAAGUACUUGGUGAAGCAGCAGAACAGGGACUAUGAUGUGGAGUGGGGAUACACCUUUGAUGUUCAUCUGAAUGCUUUCUAUCCACUUCUGGUCAUUCUGCACUUUAUCCAGCUGUUUUUCAUCAACUAUGUCAUCAUAUCCGAUUCUGUCAUCGGGUAUUUUGUUGGGAACACAUUAUGGCUAAUUGCAAUUGGCUAUUACAUCUAUGUGACAUUCCUAGGAUACAGUGCAUUGCCCUUUCUGAAGAACACUGCUAUUCUUUUGUAUCCGUUUGCACUUCUCAUCAUGCUCUAUUUGAUCUCAUUAGCAUGUGGAUGGAACUUCACCAAGAUGCUUUGCUCCUUUUAUAAAUACAGAGUGAGAUAAACACAGGACUGCAUGUAUCUAAUGAUUUAUUUUGAUUUUAUCUUAGCUGUCGUAACAGUAAAGAAAAAGUUAAGAACAUUUUGUAAAUGGUUGUAAAUUUCUCUUUAUUGUAGAUAACUGUAAAAAAAGUUUGAAGUCUUCUUUUUUAUUAAAAUAUUUACAACAGUAAACAUGUUAGCAGUUUUGUUCAAAUACUUUUGCAGUACAUUCCUAAAAACAAGUUACUUGUACAUCUGUGUAGCUUAAAUUUAACUGCAACAAGUCUAUUUAGCGUAACUCUUUCUGCAGGUAUUUUGCACAUACUGGCAUAAGCUCUACAUUAUGAGGGUUUCAGUGACACCAAAAAGCAGUUUUACUGAAGGGUAAUAUUGGAACAGCUUGCCUUGGGACUGUGUGAAAGUACAGAUCCUUAAUAGUGUUGCGAUGGUCAAGCAACAACUCUC